AUUCCUCCGCGCCGUAUUUAUACGUUGCUCUAUGGUCUGUGCCUGGAUCAGAUUUUUAGAAAGAUUUGACGAAGAUCAAAAUUAUUCAAUAAGUUUUCGGUUCGGGUUUUUUUUAAUUAAAACUUUUUAAACAUGCAAAGUUUUUCGUAGUCGACUGCGUGGAAUUUUGCGAGUGGGUCGGUUCUUUUAAAAACUAGCUAUGGAUUUAGACUCGGACGAUGAAACGGUGGCCGAGGAGGAUUAUUAUUCCUUCUUAAAUGUCCCAAAAGAGGCCACGAAGGAGGAAAUAAGCAACGCGUAUAGGAGGUUAAGUCGUAUGUACCACCCGGACAAGCAUUUAGAUCCCGCGCUCAAAGCGAAAGCGGAAACCAUGUUCAACAAAACUAAACGUGCCUACGAAGUUUUAUCCGACCCGCACCAUAGGGCCAUCUAUGAUUCCUUGGGGACCAAAGGUCUCGAAAUCGAAGGGUGGGAGAUAGUGCAGAGAACCAAAACGCCGGCCGAGAUCCGGGCCGAGUAUGAGCAGUUGGCCGAGGAGAGGGCCGAACGGAAGAAGAAACAAGCGACUAAUCCCACUGGGAACGUAACGAUAGCCAUCAACGCAGCGGACCUGUUUAACCCAUAUGACGGCGACCUAUUUGAUGAUGAAUACGAGUCGGCUGGUCUUGUUUACAGUCUUCCCAACAUUGAGGUUUCUUCAAUGCAGUUCACGCAGUCUGUGGAUUUUCCGCUUACACGCAGUAACACUUGCACGCUGUCGGGGGAGCUCCACGCGCAAAAUGGCGUCGGCGGCGGAGGAGUCAACCUGAGCUGGAGACACCUGUUCUCCCAUAAAAGUUGGGCAGAAGUGGAAAUGGCGGUCGGUAGCGGGCCCGCGGUGUCCUUCAAGGCCUUUAGGACACUGACGAAGCGGUUCUUCUGGAACGGCGGCACCGUGUUGCAGUUCACGCCAGAGGGCGUGCGUCCGGGAAUAAUGUCGACCCUGGCGAUGCAGAUCGACAAACACUCGGUCGGGUACGUUUCGUACCACGGCGGCCUGCGUUCCCUCUUCUCGACGCAACUCGUCCGAGACACCGAGAAUAACCGUUUCAACGUUUCGUUGCAAGUCGGCGUCCCGCAUUCGUCGUUCCAAUUGCACUACACUCGCAAAAUGAUCGCGCGGGAGCUCAAGCUCAAGCUGGCGAUUAAGGUGGGCACUUUCGGGGGCGUGGUCGAGUACGGGGCGGAGAAGAAGGUAUCGAAGCACAGCAGUCUUGCCUUCUCGGUGGUCUGCGGGGUCCCCGCGGGCGUAAAGCUCAAAAUAAGGUUGACGCGAGCAAGUCAGACCUACCUUGUGCCGAUCGACCUCUGCGAGGAAGUGAUGCCGGCUCCGGUGUUCUACGCGACGGUAGUGCCGCUCAUCGUCUACGUGGUGGUGAAGCGGGGCCUGGUGGAACCGUUCCUGCGCGAGGAACGCUCGAAGAAGGUCGAGAGACAGAGACGGGACAAUUUUAGCAAACUGCUGGAGAGGAGGCGGGACGCGAUGGCCGCGCAGGAGUUGAUGAUGGCGGCGUACGCGCGCGUCAGGGAGGAGGAGGCGAGCAGGAGGGGUCUGCUCGUAGUCAAGGCCGUCUACGGGAAACUCGACGCAGGGAGAGGAGACACCGAGAUGGUGAACGAUGUCAUCGACGUCACGGUGCCCGUUCAAUGUCUCGUCAAAGACGGCAAGCUGGUGAUUCACGAAAAUUGCAAGAGCGAGCUGCCCGGAUUUUUCGACCCGGCGUUGGGCGAGCCGAAGCAGUUGCACGUGGUGUACAAUUACCACGAUCAAGCCCACGAAGUUACCGUCAAGGACGACGAGCCGCUGAGGCUCCCCAAGACUUCGCACAGGAUAACGUAACCCCGACCCUUAGUAGCCUAGCGUUAGAAAUCGAGUCGCCGUGUUCAGUUUGGCAUCAUGUUGAGUACUGACUGAUUUGUUAAGAUAUUUAUUAAAUUUUAUAGUUGA